CAAAAAGAAUAGAAUAGAAUAGAAUAGAAUAGAAAUCACUUUAUUCGUUAAAAAUGCGCAAAAAGGCAAACAAACGGGUCAACUUAGAUUAAACUUAAUAGCAAAACUUAAUAAAUUAAUAAACUUAAUAGUAAACUUAAGAAGCGCGCAAGCAAAAUCAACGGAGGAAGCGCUCCCAGUGGUGGUUAUUUGAACCAUGCUCGCUCAGGGUCCAGACGUUCGUCUGGGUGUGCUAGAUAUGGAAUUAUAUCAGUAAAAGUAUAUAGAGCGCACCCGCGCGCGGGUCCCGAUCCCCGCGGCCAUGAUGAAAAUGAAGAAGAAGAAGCGAUUUUUGUUUAUUUUUCAAAUAAUGAAGAAGAAGAAGCUGUCUAAUUUCGCUGUUUUCGCCAAGUUUCCCGCAAUCCGGCUCCGUUCCCACUUCCCAUUAGGGUUGGGCGAUUAAUGAGCUAAUCGAUUAAUCGGUAAUCGAUCAAUCGCGAAUGAGGUAAUCGUUUCAAAUCGACUAAUCGGUGGUUGAUAAUCGAUUAAUUAAUCGAAAUAUUGAACUUGAAAAAUGGCCGCUCAAAACUCUAUGAAAAAGGAAAAAACAAACAAACACGCGGCAACCUGGUAAUAACCUAACCUCCUAAGCCUAAAUCGCUAAUUUGCAGAGACAACUAAUUUGCUAACAUGUGCUAGUGUGGCUGUGAUACAUAUUAAUUUUAUUAUUUUUAUUUUUGUGUUAUGUUAUUCUAAAUAAUGUCAAAAAAAAAAUCCCUCGUCUGGAAGUAUUUCAAAUUGAAAGAGGAAAAAGGAAACUCAAAAAAGAAGCACGUCAUAUGUUCUAUCUGCAAAAGUAUUUUAACGUACUGUGGAAGUACUACAGCUCUCAUCAGUCACCUGAAGAGCCAACACGGUAAUCUACAGUGUCGAUUUGAAGAACCUGACAAACCUAGUGAAAUUGAUGACAGUGUUGAAGAUGAUCCAGAUACUCCAGAUGCCCCUGAAAAUCCCGCUCCAAGUGCUCCAACACCUUCUACUUCAGAGACACCGCAAUCGGCGCAAUCCCAAAGCUGGAGAAAACGAGCUGCACCUGCAUCCACAAUCUAUGAAUCCUUUCAGGCAAAAAAACCCGCAGCUAAGGAUGGCUACUUCAAGGUUACAAGAUCCAGGAUUAGAACACGAGUCCAAAAAAGUCAUUCAGUGCCGAGCAGUUAAAAGGACUUUUCAAACGUCUAUCCGAAGACCCAGAUGCAGUUGAAGCCCUCUUAAGAGAUACUAGCGCAACAACAACUCCUAGAAACAAUAGUACUCCUCAAAUUGAUGCUGCAACUGUACCUGCUUAUGACAGGAAGAAUAUCAUAUCUUCCCGUUCCCUUUUCAGGCCGUCCAUAGGUGGAAACAGUUCAACUCCACCUGUCUCUGCAAAUAGUUUAUUUUCUCAACAGCGUUUCACCAAACGGAAAACUUGCAGCAAGGAGCAGUAUCCAGACUUCACCAGAAAAAUAAUUCUAGUAGACAAUCAUUGUUGUAAAGUACCUGAUGCCAAACAAUUAAAAGCAUACAGGGAGAGCAAACGAAUCUGUGACACGAUCGUUUUUAAAAAAAAAAUCAAGUGAAAUAGAAAUCAAAGACAAAAUUAAGAAAGUCUUUAAACAGCAUAUUAAGGAAGAUGAAGAAGUGGAAAUACUACAGGAUGAAUAUGGAGAUUCAGUCAAGAUAGACCUUGAGCCGGGCUUAGAACUUACAGGUGAAAUCGUUUUCAAAAAUAUGUACACCAAGACAGUAAUGUAUGCUCGAAUUCUCUCUCAAAAGUCAGUAGAUGAUUUAAACUCUUCAGAUUCAGACUCUGAUACCUUACUUUGUAAAAACCGCACAACGUCAAAUCAAGGAUCCAAGAAAAUCCCAGAUCCUGAAAAUUCUGAGUCCUCUAAUUCGGAUGUAAUUUUAACUAAGAAGCCCAGAACAUCAAAUAAAGUUUCUAAAGAAGUCAUAAAUCUUGAAAGUUCUGAUUCUGAUUCAUUUUCGCCCAAGAAAUCUCGACUGUCAAAUUCAAAUCAAGAUUUCAAAAAAACCCUGAAGCUUGAAGAUAGUUCAGAUUCAUCAGAGUCAGAUAUAUUUUUACCAAGAGCCUCUUCCUCAUCUAAAUCUGGUCACUGUCAACCAAAAGUUAUGAAGGCUCCUUCAGAUCCAGAUGGAACCUGGUAUUUUACUGAUGAGUUUGGUAUCACACAUAAACUUGUUGAUGUAAAAUCAAUCACAUCUGCUGGAAUGAAGAAACCGUCAAUUGAAGAAGUAAUCCGUUCCUGUACCUCUAAAAUCAAGACAUCGGAAAUAACAAGGAUCACUAUUCUGCGUGGUUCUGGAGAAUCAGUUCUGGCUCAGCUGCGGUCGGACCUCAAAAGAAUCGGCCCUGCUUCAUCUCUACACGUGAAGUUUCAUAACGAACGCGGUAUGGGAAAUGGACCGUUGAAAGAUAUGUUUUCUAUAGCAUUUCAAGGUAUGCAGGAAUCUACCUUUUUGGAAGGUGACCCUUACAACAAAUCUUUGAGAUAUAGGUUUGCAGGGAUACAAUCUGGUUUUUAUGAAGACAUGGGCGAAAUAAUGGUACUUUCCAUUCUUCAUAAUGGUCCCUAUCCUGUAUUUUUAACCCCAAAGGACUACGUGCAAAACGGGCCAUUUGGGGCUCG